UUUUAUCUUUGUGAAGUUCUUUCGUUAAUUAAUAUAAUAUUUGGUGUUGCGGCUUGAGUUUGUAGCGCCGUUACUAUGGUGCCCAAAUUCUUGCUUAUAGCCGACCCAUAAAUUGUAAAUACAAAGCGCACACAAAAAGAGAAAUUUUUAAACAACCAACUUAAAGUUAGCUACAGCUAAUAAAUAUGGAGGAUAUUGAAAUAGAAUAUUUAGACGAAUACAAAGAUAUAGUGCUGCCAGGCAUCAAAACAAACGAGGGACGCGCAGCGCCAGCGACGUCAACAUCAAGCCAAGCUAGUUUGCGCUACAGUCGGCAGAGACGUUUAUCGUCUGAUUCGAGCGGGUCCUCAUCCAUUGAUGCGGACAUUUUUAAAAAGCUUUUUGCUGGGAAACCAUUUAACGAUGAAUUAACAAAUAUAUCUAGCAGCUCUCGUUUGCAGCGACGCUCAAGUUCCACUUCAAGUGAUGAUUUGGGUGAAGCGUUGAUGCAGCCUGUCAAGCCUAGCAACAAAUUACCAGCGAAUACUGUGAAACGCGCGCCUAAAACAGUUUCUAACAGAGGAAACACUUCUGGUGCAAAGAACAAGACUGAUAGUUUCCUUGAGUCAAAGAAACAGAAGUCUAUAACCAUUAUAAAGGCUAAUAAGGCAAACCUUAAGCCAGGCAAGAACGAACCAAAAAAUGAUCCACUUAAUUUGCAAGAACUCGAAGAUGAUACAGAUAACUUUUAUGACUCUGAGUCGGAUGACGGUAUGCUAAGGGAUAGCAGACAAGUUAUUGAUAUAUCAACGGACACCAACACAAACACGACAAUUGUAUCGGACACUGUGACACCCGUGGUUUCCGAAGACGAGACCCAACAGCAGCAACAAGAGUGGCGGCAAGAGCAGCUUCUAUCAUAUUUAAAUAAUUUAAGUAGUGCCGAGACGCCGCCAUCUCAUGAAAAAUACAUUCAGAAUAGGAAUAGGGAUAGUAACGAACAUAAAUCAACAUCAUCGUCUAAACGCAAGCAGGUUAAAAGCAGCACCUCACCUAAAAAGCACUCAGUACCAGAUGAAAAGCAGCCCAGCGAAAAAAGCCACAGCAAACGGCGUCUGUUCGAUGGGUCUGACAAAUCGCUUGAUGGUCUAGACUUUGUAGACGAUAAUUUAACAUAUGAAACAGUUGAACGCUCUAGCUUAAAUAUUGCUGAAGAAAUUAACAACAUUGAUGCAGAGCUUCAAAGUCGCUCCGGCUCCAAACCACGCAGUAUUUCCUCUACACGCACGUCCUCUAAAUCGUUAAAUAAAAAGCAUGUGCGCAAGCUUACUUACUCCAAUGAGCACUUGCAUAAAGAUAAAGAGCUGAUGCAAAAGACUGAACAGCGCAAUGCAGAAAGCGACAGUGGUUGCCACAAACGUAAACGCGGCAGACCACCUAAAAUCAAGGCUGCGCGUUCGGUUAGUGUGGAUAAUCAAAUGUUGAUAACGCAACAACCUCCACAGACUGAGUCAAAUUUUCCGAACGAUAAUUUAAAAGAAGAGGAAAAAAAGGCACCGGAGAAAGAUCUCGUAGUAGAGCAGCAAACGGAUACAAAAACUGAGGAUACUAAGCAACUAAAUAUAAUUAUAGAUAAACCAAAGCGUCGAGGUAGACCACCGAAGAUAAAAAAAACAACUCACAGUGAACAACUAACACAUGUAGACAAUCUAUUGAAAAACAUGGAAAAAAGUAGCAAUGAAGAAACUAUAACAGGAAAACUCAUACAAAAUACUGGUGCCGAUAAAGAACUAAAUAAUGAAAAUACAAGAAUUGAUAAAGAUGAGCUUAUCUGCCUUAUAACGAAGACUACUGAAACAAGUGGGAAUGCUAAUGAGAAUACAAUAAACAAUAAAAACACAGCAAUAGAUCUAGCGGCAGACAAUGAAUGCCAAUCAAAAGACAGUAUUAGCGUAGUUAGUGAAAAGCACGUAACGAAUUUAGGAACAGAAGAGAAUGAGUACAAAAUGAAUGAGAAUCAAGUUGGCAUUGAACCCCUAAAACCUUUCGAUAAUUUAACAAACGCCACAACAAAACUAUCACUGUCAACAUCAGACGGCUUGUCAAUCGAGCGUGAGAGCUCUUUUCUGUCAGCAGUUCCAUUUUUAGAAACAAGUGACGAUAAUAUAGAAUUCUCAAAUACAUUUUUGGCUGAGAGUGAAUCAGAUCACCAUAGCAGCAUUAGUAUGGAGUCUUCGCGCAAGCCCAGAUUAACGGAACUUGAAAAACUUAUGGCUGAUUCAAAGGUUGUCUUCAAGAAUUUAACAGAAUGCAAUAAACGAUCUUGUCGUUUGAAUUUGGAAACAAGAAAAACCGCCCGACCGCGUAGACUAACGCCAAGAACUGGGGAAAGUUUUCCGCCGACAAGCAGUUUGCCACUAAAGAAACGAUCUGUUACCAAUUCAGAUACAUCGGAACAAAAUGAGCCCAACAAUCAUGCGGAUAUAGAUACACCUAAGGCUCUGAUCAAAGUUGAAGACGCAAGCGUUGAAAAAACUAGAAGAGCUCGCGGUAAACCGAAGAAAGUUAAAAGCGAGUCAACAGCUCCCUUAAGAAUAUCAUCAAUAGAUAAACUUAAUCCAUCAAAUGAUAAAUGCAAUGAAUUGCAAAGCAUCGAUUGUAACAGCUUCUUUAUACGGUCAUGCGGGAAUUUUCGUGUGUUGAUAAAGAGAGAACCUCUUAUAGCGAAGGCACAAUUAAAAUUAUCCGCGGUAACGAUUGGAGAACAACUGGAUACUGUUGCAAAAAAUUUGGAUAACAAUUUAAAAACACCAAUAGACUCUGAAAGAGAAACUGAAACUCAGGCGCCGCUAGAAAUAACAGAGAUAACUUCAAAAGCAACCGAACAAAGUGAUGCCAAGGAAACUGAUACAAUACACAUUUUCGCAUCUCUUGCGGAAAAUAUUGCGAAUACUACUUCAGUGGCGGAUGAACGAAUGCCAACUCCAACUGAGGAGAUGGAAGUUCAAACUCAAAUAGAAGGGGAAGUAACAGUUGAAACUGAGCCAGCUGGUGAAGUGACAGAAUUGGAACACUUUGAAACAGCAAUUAUAGAGAGCGCACAAAUUCAAAUUGAAACUGAAACCAUUGUAGAAUCUAAAGGAAAACCAUUGGUCGAAAAUACAAAGGACUUUGAAGAAAGUGCAUCUGGAGUUGAAGGUUUACUUCAAGCUGAAAGCAAAAUUGAAAUAACUCAAAAUACUGAGGAAGUUGUACUAACCACACAGCCAAUGGAUGUAGAUACAACAGCAGCAGCAACUCAAGAAGCUAUUGAAACAGCAGUUGUAACGGAUUGUUUUCAUUUGGAUCAUACUAAAGUGGACGCUUUAGUUGACAGUCCAUACUUUUUCCAGGGUUUUCUGGACACUCAAAGCAUGGAUGCUGCAAGUAAUGAUGUACAGGAAAUUACAACAACUCCUGAAAGUCCAUCUGAAGUUAGACCUUCAACUCAAGCUGAAAGUGAAAUUGAAAUAACUCAAAAUACUGAGGAAGCUCUACUAGCUACGCAACCAAUGGAUGUAAAUAGAACAGAGACAGCAACUCAAGAAGCUAUUCAAACAGAAAAUGUUUCUGAGAGUGUUUACAUGGAACCUUCUAAAGAGGAUGCUUUAUUCCACAGUCCAUAUAUUUUCCAAGGUUUUCUAGAUAAUCCACAAAAUUUUGAAAAUGAAGUGGAGAAAGCUCAAACGAGUGCAAUACCCCAAACUAGUAUAGAAGAUGCGUUGGCAGUGAUUGAAAAUGCAAUUGAUGAGCAACUUGCGUCAAAUGAUACCAAGGAGGAAAGUGCAACUUUUUCCCAAGGCAUUCUAAAAGAAGCUAAUAUUGUUGAAAGUGAAGUGGAACAAGCUAAAAUAGCUUUAUUAGCCCAACAUAUUCUUGAAGAUGCUUUGGCUCAAGGCACAUGCAUUGAAAAUGAAGCCAAUGAGCAAAUUGCAUCAAGUGCUGAGUCGAAUAAGACUAAGGAGGACUUUGUAGAAACUGCAAAUGUAAUGGAAACUGCAACUGAUAUAGCUGUUGUUGCUACUGAGAAAAUUUCUGAAUGUGUUGAAGCUGAUACAGAAGUUGAAGCUUCUGCUGGAAUUCAACCUGAAAGUGUUCAAAAUACAGAGCAGCCAAUGGAUUUAAAUCAAGCGGUGGCAAAUGAAGAUGCUAUUGAAACAACGAGUGUCACAGCGAGUGUUGAUAAUGAUAAUGAUAACCAUAACAAUGUAGAUGAGAGCUCGAAGCAAUCGCUGGACGAGUCUGAAACGGAUAUCAAGCAACUACAUGCUUUGCCAAAACAAAAGUAUAUGCUGGAAAGCAAGCCAAAAAUAAGCACGAACAACAAAAAUGGUACAGUGUCGUCGAUAAAACACUUAACCAGCAGUAAAGCGGUGCCACGACGCAUAGCGCAUGUAACGGAAGCAGAGCAAACACCAACAAAACAACUUAAGUUAGACCAAAAAGAGGAGCUCAAGAAGCAAAUCAUAACCGUAAAGUCCAACUCAGGCGCUUUAUUACCCAGCGGUGAAAAGGCGCGUCACACAGUUAUUAUAACAAAAACUCCAAGCAAAGAUGUCAACAAGUUUGCAUUUUUGAAACAAUCAACUACAGCAGCUACACCCUCCGCAGCGGAGGGAAUAAAUAUCUCUGUCUCGGUAAUGGACAAUGCGAGCAAGCAGCCGGCUAAGAAGAAAGCUUUAACGCAGGCGGAAACAUCGCGUAUGCUAUUAAGUGGUAUUUCAAAAUUGAGAGACGAAGUCCAGCAAACGGACAGAAAAACAUUUGAGAUUAUAACAGAAGCAAAUUUGGCAACAGUUGUUCAGAAAGGCAAAACCAUGGCACUCAAAGCAAGAAAGCAAUUGAGCAAAGAAGCAACAGUAAUUUCUAUUUCACCACAAAACUUGCCACAAGCAAGUACUAGUGCUAAACCGGUGGCAGUGCCAAAACAAAUGGCCAAGCAUACAAAGGAAGUGGCAGCUGGCAAAGCAGAGCAAAUUCAAUUGGGCAAGAAUACGAAGCAGGUUGAAGCUGGCAAAGCAGAGAGUUUGAAUCCCAGCAGAAAGUCUAUGCCUGUACUCGCACAGCCUAAGAAAAUCACAUCACGCAAGUCGGAGGCAGCUGUGACCAAGAGUGUGCCUGUUGUCGAACAAGAAACAAAGACUGUUGGCCCACGGAAAGUGCUGCCUAAAUCGAAAACUGCAACCAAAGUUGCAAGAACAACAGCUGCAAGCAGCCCAGAGACAACCAAGCGCGUUAUACGCAUAACUAAAGCGCACUUGCAAGCUGCAACAACAGCUGAUUCACCCGAGUCUGAUGUUACUUAUGAGCCACCUUCACGUCCAACAGUUGGCAGGCCACCGAAAGUAUACACCAAUCGUAAGCGUAAGCUGCAGACAACGCAGCCAGAUGAAGAGCCUACAAGCUCAAAGCGCGCCAAGGAGCAAAGUGCAACUGCAACUGUUGCUGAUGUUGCUAUUGAAACUGCAAGGCCAGCUAUAGCAUUCCCCAUUGCUAUAACAGCCGCCGUGCCAGCUAAUCUUCAAGAAGAACCACAGGCAAUCGUAGAAGCAGCAACAACUUCGGCCGCCGCAGUAGUAGCAACAGCUCCCGCAAUAGCAAUACAAGUUAAGCAAAUCAAGUGCCGCAAGCUACGCGUUAGGCUCAAUCGCAGCAUCUGUAAAAAAUGGCAGCUGCAGCAAAAGGCAUUGUUAGCGUCUAGAGCAGCAGCAAAAGCGGUGCCCGUGCAGUUGACACAAUCAGUUUGUGUACCAGCGCCUGUUCUAAGCAAAAAGCCACCGGUAGUAGCCAAGGCGGUGCCAUUGCCUGUGCCGCUGCCACCGCUGGAAGUCAAAACGGAACCAGAAGCAGAAGCGGAGACUGAGCAACAACCGCAACAGUUGCCAGCGUCGGAGGCAAUUUCAGUGCCUCAGCUUGUGCCCAUUGCUAUAGCAGCGCCUGUGACGGCGCCUCCACAACCGCAACGCUUGACCAGCAGCGCUAUUGCCCAAACUCCACCAAGCAGCAGCCACAUACCUUCGGCAACUAUCACCAAUGAUGAGAACACAUUUGGAGGCACAAAACUGUUUUCAUUUCUGUUUCCCUCACGUUGUCAGCGCUCCCAUGGCCAAGUGGCACUGGACAAUUGUUGUCCAAAUCUGGAUGGGCCCAUGCUGGCUAUUGAUCCCACGCGUCUGCACUCCAAGGUGGAGGCGCCAGUGCUUGAGCUACCACAGUACAUAGUCAUAACCACCAAGAUAAUAUCCAAGCAGGAUAAGGAAGUGAUACCGCCUAAAGUGCGUGCCAAACUGGAGCAGUUGCAUUCAAGUGCAGCAAAAGCAACAGCUCCAGCAACUGCUGCCAUUGAUACGCCAACAGCAACAACAACAACACCAGCAGCAACAACGACACCAACUGUAGACACGCCUGUUUGUCGCACUGAGCCUACGCAGCCAUCCAAACUUGACCGACUGUCCAAGCAGCUGCCGCGCGGCACCACCUUGACCAUGAAGCAACAUCCACCGCCCACUGCCGCAUCCACGGCUGUGGUAGCUCCGAAUGCUACCAGUUUGCCGCCUGGUUUGCUGCAGCUGCCGCCCAUAUGCCCCACAGACAAGCAGCGCGGGGAGCUGCAAACACGCGUGCAACUGUUUGACUUAGUGCUGCAAGGAUUAGCGCAACGUGCAAGCGCGCUAAGCGUCGCAGAGCGCACCAGCAUCAUCGAGAGCAUUGUGAAAACAAGUACGCUGCUGCCCAUCGAUGUCGAUGUGGGCACCAAGCUGUUGGAGAAUUAUGUUUACUAUGUGAACUCCGUGACCAAUACAGUGGCGCCACAAACAUUGCCGCAACGUCCCGCUAUUAACACUACGCCAGCUGUCGCCAGCGGCAGCAAUAACUCAGUACUGCCCUUGGCCAAGCCAGCGCCCAGCAAGGUAGCCAUUGUAGGACGUCAGUUGCCAGCAACGACGUCAAGUCCAAGUUGCCUGCCACCAGGCAAACGUCCCGUUUACGAUAAAGACAAAAAUAUCAUUGGCUAUCAAACGAAAUCGAGCAAGCCGGCCUUGAGCGUAACGCCGCAACAUUUGGCUGCCUCAAACAGCAACAGCACGCCCAUGACCAUAAGAAUCUCUACUUGCGAGCAGCUGAAUAAUGCUCAAGCUCAAAGGCUAACUCUCGCCGGUGCUCCAUCCAGCAGCAACCAGACUGCUACAGCGCGUAGUUCCACAGGUAGCUCUGGCCUUGCCAUGAACUUGAACACACAAAGAACAACAGCUCCACCCCAGAGUACAACAACCAAUGCUCCAAGAAUCCCAACCGUACGGAUAGUAUCUAGAGCAGGUCCCUUGCUUACGUCUACCCCCCUCACAUCCACAGCGGUUGGUGCUGCUCAAAACAACACCCGCCAGCAGUUUUUCGUUAACCCCGUCUUAUCGCAGUCGGAUGAGUGCAUCCUGCCAGAUCCUGUGGGCAGCGCGCCUGCAGAAAUGAUUAAAGAUGAAGUAGAGGAUAUUGAAAUUAUAGAGUAAGGAGUUUAACUGUAUGAAAAUAUAAUUGAACAGAACAGUAACCAAUCUUUGAAAAGUAUUGUAAGUUACUUUAAAAUACAUUUAAUUAUAUUGUAUUUAUGACAAAAGCAUUAAUACUAACACACACGUAGAAGAGCUGUAUUUUGUUAAA